AUGAUUUCCGCUGCCCUCAUUUAUUCCCUACGUCGAAAUGAACGAGUGUUUUCGCUUUUCGAGAUUAUCCAUACUACAUUUGAAGAAUUGAAGCGGCGGUUUUUCCUUUGGGCGGAUGCUCCCACUAGUGAACGUCGAACCGCGGUCCAACAACUCCUCAAUACUGUGGGGAAGCCCCAAGUGAUUGGGGAGGAGAAGACCCCGACUGCCUUCGGCGUUGAUCUCGCGCUGCCCAAGGUCGGCGAGGGCGCCCGCAAGACGAACCACGACUACACGCACGGGAAACUCGAUGAUCUCAUUGAGGUGACUAUUAAACAUGGGGCGAAGCUGUUUGUCUCUGCCGUCGGCGUGCCGCCGGCACACACUAUCAAGCGACUGCACGAGGCGGGCAUCUUGGUUAUGAAUAUGGUCGGCGCGCCCAAGCAUGCGGAGAAGGCGCUGGCGGCCGGGGUGGAUAUUGUGUGCGCGCAGGGCGGUGAGGGCGGUGGGCAUACCGGAGACGUGCCUUUCUCCAUCCUGAUCCCCGCGGUCGUGGACGUAGCGCGCAAGUACAAGAGCCCGCUGACUGGGCAGCCCGCGCUGGUUGUUGCUGCUGGCGGCGUCAGUGACGGGCGCAGUCUGGCUGCGUCGCUGAUGCUGGGUGCUUCCGGGGUGUGGGUUGGUACGCGCUUUGUGGCGUCGGAUGAGAGCGGGGCCAGCCGGAUGCAUAAGGAGGCGGUAGUGGAUGCUGGGUUUGGCGAUACGGUUACCACGCUUGUUGUGUCUGGGCGGCCACUGCGGGUGUUGCCGAAUGACUAUAUAAAGGCGUGGCAAUCGAAGCCGGAGGAAAUUAAGAGGCUCACGGAUGCGGGGGUGGUGCCUAUUAUGAAAGACUUUGACGAGGGGAAGGAUGUUGAUAUCCCGUUUUUGAUGGGGCAUGUUGCAGCUGUUGUGAAGGAUAUUAAGCCUGCAGGGCAGAUUGUGGAGGAAAUGGUUAAGGAGGCGGUGCAUAUGUUGAAGGUAGGGCAUGGAUACUUGAAGGAGGGAAAUGAUCUAGAGAGGUAUGGCUGA